AUGUCACGCUUGCAAGCGCUAGAGCCGCCGCCGGGCGGCCCGUACGGGACAGCGCCGACCCUCAGGCCUCCUCCGCAAGUCAUUGAAAACAUGCUCGAUGAACUCGAGGAGAAGGUUCGCCACUACUUCCUCCUCUACACGCGCGAAAAGAAAGCGAGAGAAAAAACUGAGCGCUACAACUACUGGCUGCAGAAAGAGCUAGCGGAGCAGAAGGAGAAGUUGAUCUCCAAUGCAGAGUACAUCGAGUCGCUGCAGCAGAAGUUUGAUGAGCUCCGGGGGGACCCUGAGAUGGUUCGCGACACGCUGCAACGCAUUGACCUGAUGUACGCGCAAGUCGACACCCUCGUUCAGGCGCUCGCCGGCGUGUGUGGAUUCGCCGCGGUAAAGGAGGCCUCGCGCGAACAGCUUCUCCAGUGCGCGCUGGAUUAUCUUUACCCCUGCCGCGCGCUAGAUCCUCGUCUCCACGAGCUCUACGGGUUGCUGUACUACUACCGUCUCGGCGAAGCCAAGGUGGCUCCGUCACCGCCUCCGCCGCCGCCGGAGCCGACCUACGCGGCGCUGACUGAGGGCGCGGGCGGCAUGUGGAUUCGCCCCAGCCCGUAUACGAUCUUCAAGACGCCGGGCGUGGGCGACUCGCCAUUCCAGCGCGGACUCGCGGAGACGAGGCAGAUCCUCGACGCCGAGGCUGCCGCGAAGGCGGAGGCAGAGAAGGAAGCUGAGAAGAAGGCCGCUGAGGCCGCAAAGCCUGAGCAGGACAAGCCCGCCGUGGGCGCGAUCAAGAAGAUAGGCGCGGGCACGUCAACCGCCGCCGGCAAGGUGGGAGCCGCGAAACCCGACGCCAAGAAGGAAGCGAAGGCUGCCACGCCAGAGAAAUCUGGGGGCGGCGCGCCUUCGACCGCGUCCGACCCGCCCACGCGCGAGCCCGUAGACCCCAAAGCGGCGCUGAAGGGCAUGAGCGUCUUCGUCCGCCGGCUCGAGAACUUCAAGCGACCGCCGAGCUCCAAAGAGGAGAGUCUCCGCAUCGCCGUCCGGAUGGAUGGCGAAUCCGCCACGGAGGUGAAGCGGAAAGACGGCCGGUUUUUCGUCGUUGACAAGUGCGGAGGCUCGCCAGGCAAAGAGGAGGCGACGUUCAACCUUUUGGUGGAGUUUCCUUCUCUGCCGGCGCCUAAGCCCGGCGGCAACCCCAAAUUCAUUAUCGACGUCUACGACAACAAGGGGUUCACUGCACUCGGACGAGCAGACAAGCCCUUCAACGACAAGGACUUGCCUACGAAGGACGCGGUUUGGGAAAUCAAAGAUAAUGCCGGCAAGGCUUUCGGCAAGCUCAUUUGCACUGUGACGCCAAUCCCUCUGAACGCGCCGCUGCCUUGUGAAGGAUCCGGCGGAGCGAAGGCCGACGCGGGCGCGAAGAAGGCUGACCCGCCCAAGGAGGAGAAGGCCUCGCCGGCGAUCAAGAAACCCGACCUGCCGAAGCCAGGCGGCGCGGCGGCGCCUACGCCGGCCGCGUCUCCGAAGGCAGACAAUGGGAAGGCCGCAGAGGCGAAGACGCCCGCGGCGCCCGCCGGCGGGAUCAAGAAGCCCGACUUGCCCAAACCCGCAGGAGUCGGCGCAAAGCUCCAGCCCAAGGUCUCGGGCGUGGCGGAGAUCAAGAAGCCCGAGCUGGGCGCGAAGCCCGCCGCCGGCGGUGUCGUGAAGCCGGGAUUGCCGCCCGCCAAGGGAGCGGGCGACCUCGCGGCGAAUAAGGAGGGCCCCGGUGGCGCGCCAGGCGCAGGGGCACUCGCGAAGCCUCCGCUGAUGCCCGGCAAGUCCGGCGUGGGUCUCGUGAAGCCAGACCUCAACAAGAAGCCGGUGAUGGCCUCGGCGAGCGGCGUCGGGAAGCCGUCGCUGCUCAACUCCGCAAAGUCUGGCAUGUUCACGGCGCAGAAGUCGGGAGUGCUCGCCACGCAAAAGUCCGGCCUGGUGACGCCGCAAAAAUCGGCUCUGCUCAAGCCAGCAGUCGCCUCUCAAAAAUCCGGGGUCCUCAUGCCCGUGAAGCCCCCGGGGCCGAAACCCGGGGGCGCGGUCGCCAACAGUCCCGACGCGGCGAAGAAAGUCAGUCCCCCAGUCGCCCCAGCGAAACCCGACAUGAAGAAAGGCACAGAGACAAAGCCCUUAACCUCGAGCAAGCCUGGAACGCCAGCGCCCGCGAAGCCUGGAGCAGGGCCUCCGGCGAAGCCUGGAGCAGGGCCUCCGGCGAAGCCUGGAGCAGGGCCUCCGGCGAAGCCUGGCGCUGCGACCCCGAAGAAAGUAGAUGCGAAGCCGGCAACUACGCCAAAAAAACUCGAGAUGAAGCCGUCCAUCGUUGCCAAGAAACUCGACACAAAGCCGUCCAUCAUUGCCAAGAAACUCGACACAAAGCCGUCCAUCAUUGCCAAGAAACUCGACACAAAGCCGUCCAUCAUUGCCAAGAAACUCGACACAAAGCCGUCCAUCAUUGCCAAGAAACUCGACGCAAAGCCGUCCAUCGUCUUGAAGAAGCCAGACAUAAAAGCAGCCAAGUCGAUUCUUGUCAAACCGAAGCCCAAGGCCUGA